AUGACUACCUUGCAUUAUCUUCCCCCUGUCAAGCCCUCCGCCAUUGCGCUGGGUACAAUCUUCACCCACACUGCCUCCCUGGGAAUCCUAGCCCCCGUCUUCGGUGACACCUACCACCGCGCUCAAGCCGCCAACUCCAAGGAGGAAUUCAUCAAGUCCAAGGAGGCUGCCGGCGCUGCCGCAGCCUGGGGAAGCUCCCUCGUUGGAAGUGCUGUGCAGACCUACGGUGUCGCUGCACUGAUCAAUGCCACCGGCACACUGAGCUACAAGGGUGCUGCGUACCUAGGUACACUUAUUUUCUUCGCAAGCUCAGCUCCAGGCAUUGUUAGCCAAGUCUUCUCCGAGAAGCGACCCCUCGAUACUAUCGCUGUCGGCGCCGUCUCGAGAGUGUUCGAGACUGUUGGACUCAGCUUGUUCCUCACCUGGUGGGGAACACGCACUAACCCAUUCGACUAA